UCAACGCAAAUUGGGCAUUUGUCAGCAUUACAACGAAUAGAAGAGAUGGAAGGCUUUCUAAUUGCACUUUCUAUUGCAAUAUGUAUAUUUUUUAUAGUUUCAAUUACGGUUUUAAUUAGGCGCCAGCAAAAGGCAAAACAAGGCGUGGGCUAUGUGAUCAGCGAGGGAACACCUGUUGCGAUCACCUCGGCCACACACAGGCCACCAGGUGGUGCACCCGUUACACAUUACCCACCGCCAAGCUAUCAGGCUAACGUCUAUCCUGGCACGUAUGCAUAUCCAGCACAAACCACCAGCCAUGUACAAAUGAUACCCGUGCAAGUUCAGGUUAUGCCAACUCCAAUGCCUGGCAUGCAAACGUCCUAUCCGCCCAUGCAGCAGCGUGUUGUUAACAAUGGAACUAUGUCUAAUGCAGAUCUGACCGUUCUUCCAGCGAACUGUGAGAAACCUAUCACUCAUCAGACCCACCAAGGGGCGGUCGAAACAGUUAGCCAAAUCUAAGCGCUUUUUACUAAGGAUUACCAUUUGGCAUACAAAAAAAAAACCUUGACGAUU